AUGAAGAAAGUCAACUUUGUGUCUGCUGAAGAGAUGGAACCAGUCCAAGAAGGGGAGGAUACACAAUUUGCUGAGGUGUGCUACAUGAGCAAUGGGCAAGGAGGUUACAACAAAGGAUACUAUAAUUACAAGUCCAACCCAGCCAUGUCAUACCGAAACACUGAUGUUGCUAACCCUCAGGACCAGGUCUAUCCUCAACAACAAGCAGCUCGAUCGAGUCAAGCCCCACAACAUGGGUAUGGUCAAAAGAACAACUACCAAGGACCCCAAGGGACUUUUCCUGGACAACAAAUGACAUACCACCAGGCUUUCCCCACCAACCACCCCAGCCUGCACCCACAAGAGAAUGAGCUCAAAGCAAUGCUAAACAACUACUUCAAGGGCAAGCUGAUGGGUGUAGUGGACACAAGCAAGAAGCUAGCUGAAAUAAACUCCAAGAUCGAGAAUCUCAACACAAGGGUUUACUCUCUGGAGAAUCAUGCUUCUUCUGUUGCUGCUGCUACAAAGCAAGGACAACUACCUGGUAAAGCUAUUCAGAACCCCAAGGAACAGUGCAAGGUCAUCUUCACUCAAGAAGGACUUGUUGAAGAAGAGGAUCAAGAAAGGGUCAUUGAAGAGUUUUGUUUACUGCUGAAUGAUGAAGAGAUUGUUGCUGCUGAGGCUCCUGGAGUCCAGAUUGAUCAACCAGAAGUGCAGGCACCUACUGUGGCCAUUCACACUUCACCAGUUGAGCUCGCACAACAAGCUCGAUCGGCAGCUCGAUCGAGUCGAACUCUAGCUCGAUCGAGUCCGACCUCAUCUGUCCCAAAGCCGAUUUUGCUUGAUCCUUACCAACCGGUUGACCCUUCCUCGUCUCGCCUACUUAGUCAAGGUCACAAGGAAGUGAUUCACAAGUUCAGAAGAGAUCUCAGUGGGAUUGGAAUUGAGUUGCCUCCUAUGGAUAGCAUGAGUGAGGCAUUUGAUCAAAUGCAAAUGGUCAAGGAUGUUAUGGCCAACAGUGAUAAAGUUUCAGAGGUCCUGAAGGAGUCUACUCAUCAGUUCAACCUGCUUACUUCACCCACUUUCCUACCAAAGGUCAAGGAUCAAGGGAAAUUCACUCUCCCUUGCACACUUGGGCAUCUUGAGCUUGACAAUUGA